UUUGGAUAGUUAUGAGAGUCUUAAAAAAUAUUUUUCAUAAAAUUAAAGGUUAUGUACUCCUUUUUUCACCCGCUUUUCCUCUCGCACCGCUCUGUGCCUUCCUCAACAAUUUAUUAGAAGCUAGAGUGGAUGCCUUCAAAUUAUGCGCACUCCAUCGGAGGCCUUGGCCAACAGAUGAUGUUGGGGGUUGGGAUGGAGUAAUAAAAAUCAUGCUAAUUGCGAGUGUUUGGGUUAACUUGGGACUUAUUUUGCUUCGAUGUUUAACUACCGGAUGA